ACGAGAGUGAACGGUUAAGAAAAUUUUAAGGCGGAUUAAAACAUUAGUAAAAAUAAUUACAACUAGAAUAUCUAAUUAUUAGCAACUAAAAAACUUUACAAAAAAAUGUACUCGUAAAGAAUAAAGUUGAAAUUUAAUAUAAUUUUCAAGUAAAAUGACUUCAAAAGGUUGCGUAUUAUUAACAAAAAACGCAAGAGAAGAAAAAAACGAAGCGGCCGCCAUAUUGCUUCUCUUGUCUGUUUUACACAUAUAGAUGGCUGUCUUGUCAUCGCACGGUCGAUUUCGUUACGUUUGCAAUGUUUGUAAGAAGAGUAGUAUGUAUAGUAGUGUUUUACCUUUGGCCCUGAUGUGUGUGUGCGAGAAAAAUAUGGUAGAAAAAUUGUUCCAACAUCAAUUUUCAGUGCAUCUCAUGUGUGAUAUUUUCAAGUAAAUUUGUUAGAAAAAGAAAAACUGCAGUGACUGCUACCACUAAAAAAGCGGCAGAUAAAUAACAAAUAAACAUUCGAAAAUUUGCUUACAAAAAAUCAAAAAGGACCAUAGUGGUGAAGAAUUUUCGAGAAGUACUUGGUUGGAAAGAAACUUUUUGAAGCUGUUGCGUAAAAAAGAUUUUCUUUCAACCCUGCGGUCCUAUAAAUGAUGGAGGAUAUUACAAAAAAUAUUAUAUUUACAAAUGCUAUAGGUGCCAAUGUACAACCGGCUACUAUACAAUAUCAGACAGCGGACGGUACUAUUUUGAAACAGCCAAAAAUUGAAGGACAGAAAGAUCAGCCCACUUUCUAUUAUACCACAACAAAUGGUAACGCAGCCACAGUAAAUCUAGCCCAAUUAACCACAGACGAUAAUAAGACUUGUUAUAUAGCACAACCCGUGGGUGGUUAUAAUUUUGCAUUAGUUAAUUCGGGUAUGCAAUUGAAUCAAGGUGGCACUUUUGGUAUAGCCACCGUGGAUGCACAAGGACGUUUACAGAUCGUAAAUCAGAAUAAACCGAUUGCAACGGCAAUUUCUCCUUUACAAAACACUAUAUCAAAUAUAAGCUUUAAGUGUGAUAUUUGUGGUUUAAUGUUCCAUCACUUGGCUUUAUUGAAUCACCAUAAACGUAUACACGCCCAGGAAGGCGUAGAACAACAGCAGCAGCAGCAGCAACAACAACAACAGCAGCAGCAGCAACAACAACAGCAACAACAACAGCAGCAGCAACAGCAUCAAAGUCAGCCGGACGCUAUAGCGGUAGUAAACGCUCAAGGUUUAGUGCAGACUCAGAAUAUCAUAACCGAAAAUGGCCAGAUGGGCCAAAUACAAAUAGUGGCUACUGAAGCACUAGAACCAGCCACAUCAGUAUUACAGCAGCAGCAGCAACAACAACAAUCCCAACAACAACAACAUCAGUCCAGUCAUCAAGCGCAACAACAGCAGCAACAUUCUGGUGAAGUUUCGGUAGGUAAACCUUUAAAAUUGGAGCAAAGUAAGUGCUUAAGCUGUGGCCAACAGUUUCUACAACCGGUUAAACGUAAAGCGGUGAAGGCUGUUCGGUGCGACAGUUGCAUUCAAGGCGAACAGGCUCAGCAAGCGUUAGCGGCGGCAAAUCAAGGGACCACACCUUUCCUAGUAACUCCAGACGGUGAAAUCAAAUUCGAAAUGAACGAACUGCCUAGCGGUAAUUCUGAGUCUUCCAUGGAUUCCUUAAACGCCCAGAAUAUGCUACAAAAUCAAUUGCAACCGGUACAAAUAUUAUCCGCCAAUUCGCAAGGUCAACAACAGCUUCAAAUGGUCACGAAUCAAGGCGGUGGAAAUCAUAAUCAAGCUCUCAAAAGGGAGAGUGGAACGCCCAAUAACGAACCCUCGCCAGCAGUCAAAAAGAAACCAUCUUCGGCUAAAGUAACAAAAUGCGGCAAAUGUAAUGGCUCGGGGGUAGUAUUUGUGGGUAGCGGAGCACCUGCUCACAAACAUGGUUCUGCAGCAACUGCUACGAUAAAAACAGAAACUCCGAAGCCUUUUACAUGUAAUAUUUGCGGAGGCACUUUCUCACGUUAUUCUAGCUUAUGGUCGCAUAAAAAGCUGCAUAGCGGUGAAAAAAAUUACAAAUGCACAAUAUGUGGUUUAGCAUUUGCAAAGGCUGUCUAUUUGAAAAACCACGCUCGUAUACAUACGGGCGAGAAACCCUACAAAUGUCAAACUUGUGGAAUGCAAUUUUCGCAGUCACCUCACCUUAAGAAUCAUGAGCGGACACAUAGUGGCGAACGACCGUAUGUGUGCGAAGUAUGCGACAAAGGUUUCGCUCGCCAUGCGACUUUGUGGAAUCACAGACGUAUUCACACUGGUGAAAAACCAUAUAAAUGUGAAAUUUGCGGUUCGGCUUUUUCACAGGCAGCUCAUUUAAAAAAUCACGCCAAAGUUCACUCUGGUGAAAAACCAUUUAAAUGUGACAUUUGUUCAGCCGCGUUUGCAGAUCGUUUUGCUUUGAAGCGACAUAGGGGUAUCCAUGAGAAAUAUGGACAAACCGCACCUCGUCAGCCCGCCCAAGCACCUCAACAGCAACAAAGCGAUCAACAGCAAGUAGUACACAAGCAAGAAAUGCCUGAUAUGGAUGAUGAUGCUCAACACGAAGUCAUUAUAUCUGGUUUAUAGACAUUAACAUCUAGUAAUCGUACCCGUAACACUAAUAGCCACUCAUCUAGAAGGCAUCAAACUAGUGCUGGAGCGGCAACCGCUAACAAUUCUUAUCAUCAUCUU